GGACUGAAAGCGGAUCAGCAGCAGCAGGCGGAUUCCCACAGAGCCUGGGGUUAUUUAGGAUUUGUAUUGCUUUUAUUUCAUCUGAAAUUAUUUACAGAUUAUAGUGUUCCUGACAGAGAUGUGGAUGGUUAAUGAAGCGACUGGGCGGCGAUAUAACGGGAAAUAGAGCAUCGCCAUUUAUUUGGGACAUUAAAACAGUUCAUGUGCGGUAUUUAAUCUUCACCGACCUUUUAUUUCAGCUUAACUCCUUUUACUGCUGUCCAUCCUCGUAAUUAUUAGGUGUUUUUGCUAUUUAACAUUAAUUUCAAGACAGUGGAGAUGCCAUAAAGCAUCCAGACUGUUAGAACUAUUAGAAGCUGGAUGUCUGUGUCACUGUUAUCUCUGACCUUUAUUUGCAGCCCAGUUAUAUAAAUAAAAAAAAGGUGUGUGCUUAUAUAAUAUAAUAUAAUAUAAUAUAAUAUAAUAUAAUAUAAUAUUAGAUAAAUACCCGCUUUUAAAUUCAAGGGCAUACGGAUUUAGGAGGCUUACUGUGAAGUUAAAUAGCUUAAAGCCUCAAUUUCUGGUUCACUAAGAAAGGAUUAAAUUCACUCCCAACACCACAUUUGACACCUGAAAAGUCUGCACAGAGCUCCAGGAGUGUUAGAAAGCAUGGCAGGUGUGUCAGUGGAGGAGCCCAUGCCGGGAUACUUGCAGCUCUUCUCCACAGCUGGUAGCGUUUUGUUGGAUGCCUAUAGAGACUGUAAAGACUGUGGCAUCGAACUGUCUGUACAGACACUGCUGGAUCAUGCACACCUCACACCGACAGAAAUCGUGCUCUUCUUCCUCUGCGUGGUGAUUUGGACCAGUCUGAGAUGGGCACUGACUUAUCACCUGUUUGUGCCAUUCGCCCAGUGGUGUCGUCUCCAUCCCAAAGAUGUGGCGAAGAUGCCAGAAAGUGCUUGGAAGCUGGUCUUCUACACGAUGUUGUGGUCCUACACCACCUACCUGCUCUUCUAUUGCAGCUACGGCUUCUUUCACAACCCUUCCUCUGUCUUUUACAACUGGAAGAGCGGAAUGCAGGUGCCUACGGACAUCGCCAUUGUCUAUUUGAUCCAGGGGAGCUUCUACGGCCACUCCAUCUACGCCACAAUAUACAUGGAUGCGUGGAGGAAAGACUCCGCCGUCAUGCUGUUGCAUCACUUCAUCACUCUGGCACUGAUUGCAUUCUCCUACGCCUUCAGGUAUCACAAUAUCGGGCUCCUCGUGCUGUUCCUCCAUGACAUCAACGACAUUCUGCUGGAGUUCACAAAACUCAACGUCUACUUCAAGAUCCGUGGAGGAAAAAGCUACAUGAUCAAUGAUGUCCUGUCCAGCGUGGGCUUUCUGGGCUUUGGCAUCACAUGGUUCUGCUUCCGACUGUACUGGUUCCCCCUCAAAGUGCUGUACGCCUCUUACGUCACCAGCCUGCAAUCCGUCCCCAACAUCCCUUUCUACUUUUUUUUCAACGCUCUGCUGUUUGCACUGCUGCUCAUGAACAUCUACUGGUUCCUGUUCAUCGUGCAGAUGGUGGUGAAGGUUCUGACUGGGCAGAUGAAGGGGAUCAAUGAUGUACGCGAGUACGAAGAAGACGAGGUCCAGGAAUCGAUCAAGGCCGAGAAGCAUGACUCAGGACAUCAGCGCUCUGGAGAUGGGAAUCACGUGCAGAAUGGAAUCGGCAAGAAGCACCAAUAACAGGCUCAGUACUGUCACCUGCUGGCCCUCUACAGCAAUUACAAGGAACAAAAAAGGGCAGUUUGACUCUGGCACUCCGUCUUUACUACAGGAACAACAACAAAAAUAUCCCUGAUCAUUUUAGACUGUAAUGUUGUUUUGGUUUUUUUUUGCCCUCAUUUUAAUAAAACUGUGAAUAUUG